CCCGGUCUCCCCGCCAUGAUGGACAUGAACAUGACGCGGCCGGACAACGCCACGCUGCUGAUGCUGCAGGACCCCACCAUCGCCGUGGUCCUGCCCGUGGUCUACUCGCUCGUGGCGCUGGUCAGCAUCCCGGGGAACCUGUUCUCGCUCUGGGUGCUGUGCCGACACAUUGGGCCCCAGUCGCCCUCCAUCAUCUUCAUGAUCAACCUGAGCGUGACGGACCUGACGCUGGCGAGCGUGCUGCCCUUCCAGAUCUAUUACCACUGCAACGGCCACCACUGGGUGUUUGGCGAGCUGCUGUGCAACGUGGUCACCGUGGCCUUCUACGCCAACAUGUACUCCUCCAUCCUCACCAUGACCUGCAUCAGCGUGGACCGCUUCCUGGGCGUCGUCUACCCGCUGGCGUCCGCCCGCUGGCGGCGGCGCCGCUACGCCGUGGCCGCCUGUGUGGCCAUGUGGCUGCUGCUGCUGGCGGCCCUGUCCCCGCUGGCUCGCACGGACCUCACGUACGAGGUGGAGGCCCUGGGCAUCGUCACCUGCUUUGACGUGCUCAAGUCGACCAUGCUGCCCAGCGUGGCCCUGUGGGCCGUCUUCCUCUUCACGCUCUUCAUCGUCCUCUUCCUCAUCCCCUUCGUGGUCACCGUGGCCUGCUACACGGCCACCAUCCUCAAGCUUCUGCGCACACCCGACCCCCACGGCCGGGGCCAGCGGCGGCGGGCGGUCUGCCUGGCGGCCGUGGUCCUCCUGGCGUUCGUCACCUGCUUUGCGCCCAACAACUUCGUGCUGCUGGUCCACAUGGUGAGCCGGCUCUUCUUCGGCCAGAGCUACUACCACGUCUACAAGCUCACGCUGUGCCUGAGCUGCCUCAACAACUGUCUGGACCCCUUCGUCUACUACUUUGCGUCCCGCGAGUUCCAGCUCCGCCUCCGGGACUACCUGGGCUACGGCCGGCUGCCGGCCGACAGCCUGGACGCCCGCCGGGAGAGCCUCUUCUCGGCCCGGACGCUGUCGGCCCGCUCCACGGCCAGCGGCCACGCCGACGGGCUCGAGGGGGCCGGCCAGCCCUGCCUCAAGAGACAGGAGAGCCUGCUUUGAGCCGGGUGCCCCCCGGGACGGGGCGGCCAGACCCCUCCCUUCCGUCCUGGCGUCCGGACACGGCCGCCCACAGAGGGUGAGAGCAGAUGGGAGGACAGGCAGGCCCCGUGGGAUUCUGCAGACGGUGGCAGAGGGCGGACGGCCAGGCGGCCCCGCUGUGUCCCCCACGGCCCCCGACAGCCCAUCCGGAGCCGCCCACCUGACUCUUUCUCCGCGCCUCCCGGGUCUGAGGUGCACGCACACCCUCUGCUGCCCAGCCGGGUGCCCCCGGACCUGGUGUUCAUCUCAUCAUCGGUCACUCCCAGUGCUCGGAUGUGGCCAGACGACGGUGGACAGGCCCCUUCGGCCCCCGUGCUCCGGGAGCUCAGGGGUCCCCCCCACUUCACCAGGUCCCCACAAGAGCAAACGACAGGGGCUACCAGAAUGGCUGGUCGCUCUGGCCCUUCGGGGCACGUGCUUGACUUAAAUUUCACAAGUGGAGACCCCCAGAAGAGACGGACGCCUGGGAGGCAUGGGUCAGGCC